AUGACUGAUGUUAGUGAACAGAACAAUCAUGUAGGAGGCGCAACUGUCGUCGAUAACGAUGGCCUCAUCGAGGGAAACUACGAUGCCGUUGUCCCAUCUUUCGAUGAAAUGAACUUGAAGGAGGAAUUACUUCGUGGUAUUUACGCUUUCGGUUUUGAGAAGCCAUCCGCUAUCCAACAGCGUGCUAUCGUUCCAUGCACUACUGGCCGUGACGUUAUCGCUCAAGCCCAAUCUGGAACUGGUAAAACCGCUACCUUCUCCAUCUCUAUCCUUCAGCGUAUCAACCACGAUGAACCAACAAUCCAAGCUCUUGUUAUGGCUCCCACCCGUGAGUUGGCUCAACAGAUCCAAAAAGUCAUGUGUGCUCUUGGUGAUUACAUGAAAAUUAAAGUUCACCCAUGUAUCGGAGGAACUAGCAUCAGAGAUGAUCAGAGAGCUUUUGAAGACGGAGUUCAUGUUGUUGUUGGAACUCCAGGACGUGUUAAUGACAUGAUCAACAGAGGAAUUCUUAAUACGGAAAAAAUUAAAAUGUUCGUUCUUGAUGAAGCUGAUGAAAUGCUUUCUCGUGGAUUCAAGGAUCAGAUUUACGAAGCAUUCAAAACUAUGCCUCAAGAUGUGCAAGUCGUUCUUCUUUCUGCUACUAUGCCCGCUGAUGUUCUCGAUGUCACUGAAAGAUUUAUGCGUGAUCCCAUCAAGAUUCUAGUAAGGAAGGAAGAGUUGACACUUGAAGGUAUCCGUCAAUUCUACAUUAAUGUCCAAAAGGAUGAGUACAAGUUCGGUACUCUGUGUGAUUUAUACGGAUCUGUUAAUGUUACUCAAGCUGUUAUCUUCUGUAACACAAGAAGAAAGGUCGAGACUCUCAACGAUCAGCUCACUAAGAAACAAUUCACUGUUUCAUGCCUUCACGGAGACAUGGAACAACAAGAGCGUAACGUUAUUAUGAGAGAGUUCCGUUCCGGAUCUUCCAGAGUUCUGAUCACAACCGAUCUUCUUGCUCGUGGUAUUGAUGUCCAACAGGUCUCCUUAGUUAUCAACUAUGAUCUUCCUUCCAAUCGUGAAAAUUACAUUCAUCGUAUCGGUCGUUCUGGUCGUUUCGGUAGAAAAGGAGUUGCCAUCAACUUUGUUACUGAGAACGAUGCUCGUGCUUUGAAAGAAUUAGAAACUUUCUACAAUACUGUUAUUGAGGAAAUGCCAACCAGUAUCAUCGAUCUUCUCUAG